AACUUAGUUUACAUGCACCACGUCCACACUGUCCGCGAGCGAAGCGGGAGAAGGAAUUUGUCGUGACAGGAAAGCAUACGCAAAGUUUGCUGUGAAUCCCGAUUCACCUAAACGGAAGAGGAGCGCGUGCCACCAUAUCACAACCCCGUUUUCUUCUUCUCAAAGGUGUAUACCUCCCACCCCGCCCCACCACGGCCCUCACCUGUGUGUUGCGGUGCUUCCCAUGUGAGCCGACCUGGGCCGGCAGCCCCUUCUUGCACCGCCCGCCGACCCGGCCCAUGGUCACCAUGACGCGCUCCAAAACCUUCCAGGCGUACCUGCCCAGCUGCCACCGCACCUACAGCUGCAUCCACUGCAGAGCACACCUCGCCAACCACGACGAACUCAUCUCCAAGUCCUUUCAAGGAAGUCAGGGCAGAGCUUAUCUCUUCAACUCUGUGGUUAACGUGGGAUGUGGCCCUGCAGAGGAGAGGGUCCUGCUCACGGGGCUUCAUGCGGUGGCCGACAUCUACUGCGAGAACUGCAAAACCACACUGGGGUGGAAAUAUGAACAUGCCUUUGAGAGCAGUCAGAAGUACAAGGAGGGCAAGUUCAUUAUCGAGCUCGCCCACAUGAUCAAGGACAACGGCUGGGACUGAGCGAGCGUCCUGGAGAGAGCAAGCAGAUGACGGGUGGAUGGUGAAUGCGUGGGUGAAUGACUGACUUUGGUUUGCCAUUACCCUCUUAAACCCUCUUCUACCCUCCAUCUCCUGCUGACACACACGCCUCUAGCUGGAGCCAAAUCAGGAGAGCGGGCCGCCCCGGGGGGCUUUGUGUGUCUGGAGGAGAGAGCGCACGCGUGCGUGUGUGUGUGUGUGUGUGUCCACCCUGGCACAUGGGAGUUCACAGAUACAUGAAUGCAUACACAAGGUGUACAGACAUAUGUGUGUAAAAACAACAGCAUACACUCUCACGCUCAUCUCAGCCUGACUGUUUAUACUACAAGCGGCUCUAUUCAUGCACGUAUAUGACAUAAGGCAGGGCUCAGAGGGCAUGUUGUGCCUGGCAGGAUCAGGGUCACGAGUUCGCCGAGCUGAUGGGGCUUUCUCCACUUUGUGUUAGUGAGAAACUAUCAGGCUGACCUAUCCGAAUUCAGCACCAUCUGCGCAAGCGAGGAGAUUUGGCAUGGAUAGAUCUCUGAAUGGACCAACACAAAGGGCUUAAAGGAGUAGUUCACCCAAAAGUGAGAGAAUGCACUAUGAGAACUAUUCCUUUAAACCGUCCGAACCGUAUUUUCGCAUUUCAAUCCAGUCAUUUCAAUCCAUGUGUUUCACGUGAGGGCGAAAAAGUUGCCUCAUGUUCAAGUUGGUUAUGCGAAUUCACUGCGCUGACCAACAGAAACCUGCUUGGUUUGAAAGUGACUGAUGUGUGAGCUGUGUUUAAUACAUCGCUGCACAAUUGAAAUUUUGCUGUAAUGUGAUCGCAUCUUAAAGAAGGGUAGAGUGAACUUUACUGAAAUGCUUUUAGCAUAAAACGACCAUCUAACUGAAGCAUGCUCAUAAUUACGUGAAUGUAAACCUUUGUGUAUAGCAGUUUACAAGGCGUUUUAUCGGGACAUCUUUGUGUCUGUGUUCCAUGUUCCAACAGUUUGUGCUGGUCCCAGUUACACGGUGUUAAUUCGUACCGACUGUUCUUGCGUGUUAAUGGACUCUAUGGGGAUUAAGGACCUAAGAUGAGACCAUACACUGCCUAUCCAUUAGGUUAUUAAAAUGAAAAUAAAAAAGAAUUAAUCUAAAAAUACUGUUUAUCAUAGCUCUUCUGUAACUAAAUGACACCAAAAAUCACCAAAGACCCAACUGCAAAUGAGUUGACCUAACGAAUGGUAGCAUGUUGGGUUGUAUGUCGUGGAAAAACAAACUUCUUGAUGUAUUUAAUUGGCACAAAAUUUGAAUUGAUACGUGGAUAUAUAUGUGUAUAAAUGUAUUUAUUCACCAUAACUGAUUUUCAUCCGUGUCAGGGACUAAGUUGCUGCAUUUGUUUAUCGCUUUAUGUCUGGACACCAAAAUUUACUACUUUUGUAUUCCAGUAAGAAGUUUCAACUGUAGUGUUUUUUUUAUAAAUGGAUGAGGAGAGAAUUAUGAUAUUAUUGGAACUCUCAUCAACAUUGAUAUAAAAUGUCAAUAAAACGGAAAUAUUGAUUGA